AGAGAAUCUCACAGACACACACACACACACACACACAGAAUCUCACACACACACACACACAGACAGACAGAUGAACAAAGACAUUCAAAUCUAGAGAGACCCACCAGACAGACCCCUUGUCCCCUUGUCCCCCUGUCCCCCUGCGCCCUAACAUGGACGUGCUGACAGACCCAGACUCGUCUUCUCCUCCUCAGUCUGCCUCUGGAGCCGAUUCCUCCCCUCCUCCCCGGGCAGACCCAUCCUUGCCGCUGCCCCACGCGGGGCCUCCCCUCUCCCUGGGGGGUCCCGAGAGCUUCGGGGCGCGCCACCGGCUCCUGGUGGCGCUGUCCUGCGUGCCCAAUAUCUUCGUGGCGUUCCUGUGCUACUCCGACAGCCUGAUGACGGCCUUGCCCGACCAUCGCUGCUCCAUCGAUCGGGCGUCCCUCCCCCCGGCCCUGCGCAAUGCCAGUCUAGCCCAGGUGCUCAACGCCUCCCUCCCGCUGGAGCACGACCCCCGCCCGGCUCCCGGGGGCAAGGAGGGGGAGGAGGGUGGCAGCUGGAGGCCGUCCCAGUGCCAGCAGUUUGUGUUUGAGAAUGGAACCCGGACCGGCCCUCUGCCGUGUCAGACAGGCUGGGUGUAUAGCAACACUGAGGGGCUGAACGAAAACAUGGUGACACAGUGGGAUCUGGUGUGUGAUAGUUACUGGAAGGUUCCUGUGGAGGAGGUGUGCUUCAUCGUGGGGAUUCUCACAGGGUACCUGCUGCUGGGGUUCACUGCGGACCGGCCAGGGCUGCAGUCUUUCCUCUGCUCCCUGGUUCUCACUGUGUUUUUUGGGGUGCUGGUGUGCGUCUCCCCCUCCCCGUCUCUCUUCAUCCUCACACGCUUCUUCCUGGGGUCCUCUGUAGCCGGAGUCUACCUCUCCCUCUACGUCAUGCGUCUCGAGCUGUGUGACCCACCGCGGAGGCUCAUGGGAGCGAUGGCGGCCGGAAUGUUCACGGUUGCGGGGCAGUUCCUGUUGUUAGGCGUGGCUCUGGGCUGUCAGUCUUGGAGGAGCCUGCAGGGGGCGAUCACUGCACCACUGGCCCUGUUCCUGAGCUAUGGUCUCCCAGGUGUUUUCCCCGAUUCUCCUCGCAUGUUCAUCUCGUCAGGCGGAGCGCAGCGAGCGAAGGAUGUACUGCGAUCGUUCACCGAGAGGAGGGAGAGAGAGGGGGAUGAGGAGGUGUUCACAGAGCUGGACUCGGUGACUCUGUAUGAAACCUCUCCCGCUGCAUCCUGGGACGUGUCGUUCCUCCAGCUGCUGCGCUGCCGAAACAUCUGGAAGAACAUCUGCAUCCUGGGCUUCACCUCCUUCAUCUCUCACGGGAUCCAUCACUGCUACGGGACAUUCGGACGAGACGUCCGUGGCGACGACACGGGGCUGUACCCCUCCGCUCUGCUCUCAGCCGGGACUGGGGCCGCCGCGUGCCUCUUCCUGUGCCUCACGGGGGACAGAUUCGGGAGGAGGGGUAUUCUACUCCUCAGCAUGACCCUGACUGGCAUCGCCUCGCUGGUGCUGCUGGGCUUAACAGAGUAUCUCAAUGAAGCCGCUGUCCGCACGUUCUCAGUUCUGGGUUUGUUCUCCUCUCACGCCGCUGCCUCACUCUGCGUUUUCUUCGCUGCUGAAAUCAUCCCAACUGUCGUCAGGGGGCUGGGGGUGGGUGUGAUCCUGUCUCUGGGAGCAGUGGGGCGGCUCAGCGCUCCCAUCAUGGACCUCCCCCAGCGCAGUGGGUACUUCCUGCACCACGUGCUCUACUCCUCCCUGGCUCUGCUCUGCGUUCUCUCCAUCAUGCUGCUGCCCGAGACCAAGAGGAAGCCGCUGCCCCAGAGCCUGCGGGACGGGGAGCUGUACAGGAGACCCCCCCUGCUGAGAGGGAGGGGCAGGAGGGACCACGUGCCCCUGCUGUGCACCCCCAAUCCCGCCAUCUGAAAGGAGAACCCUGCUCCCUCUACCUCUCCUCUUUUUCCUUCCCUCUUUCUCCCUCUCCCUCUCUCCCCUCUUCUCCUCUCUCCUCUCCCU